UACUUUUUCAAACUUUUAUUAUUAUUAUUUUGAAACGUCAAUAUAAUAAGUAUAAAUUUUAAGUUGACACUUGUACAACUAUCAUAUUGGUUCUUCAAACUCUACACUUUUCUUCUAAAUAUGAAUGCUCAUGUUUUAGACAUGCUAUAUAUCUUUUUGCUGUCCCUAUACUAAUAUUGUUUGUUUCUUUACAAGAAACUUUUAAAUUUUAUUUAUCUUAAAAUAAAUAUCAACCUCGGAAUUCCAAGAGCCUCUCCUUGGCCGUGAUGACUACUAACCUCAAUCAAGAUUGGCCCGAACCCAUAGUCCGUGUCCAAUCCCUCUCGGAGAGUGGCUGCUCCGCCGUCCCUUCUCGUUACAUCAAGCCUCCGUCUGACCGCCCUAAUGUUUUCUCUGUCGCCUCUCCCUCCAUGAACAUCCCAAUCAUUGACAUCUACGGUUUCGCUCUCGACCAAGACGACUCCCUUCGACAAACCAUUCUAAACCAAAUCUCUGAUGCCUGUCGUAAUUGGGGGUUCUUUCAAAUCAUUAAUCAUGGCAUCCGGGGUGAGCUUCUCGACGAUGUUCGCCGUGCGUGGUAUGAUUUUUUCAAAUUGUCGGUAGAAAUGAAACAAGCUUAUGCUAAUAAUCCUAAGACUUAUGAAGGCUAUGGUAGUCGCCUUGGUGUUCAAAAAGGAGCUAUUCUUGAUUGGAGUGACUACUUUUUUCUUCACUAUCUUCCUUCUCAUCUCAAAGACCAUAGUAAAUGGCCAGCUAUACCUGACUUUAUUAGAGAAAUGACAGAGGAGUAUGGGGAAGAAGUAGUGAAGGUAGGAGGACAAUUGUUGAAGCUUUUAUCACUAAAUUUGGGGCUUCAAGAAGGGUAUCUACAAAAUGCAUUUGGAGGAGAAGAGGUGGGAGCAUGUUUGAGAGUGAAUUAUUAUCCAAAAUGCCCACAACCAGAGUUGACGUUGGGGCUAUCGUCUCACUCCGACCCCGGUGGAUUGACGUUCCUACUUCCAGACGAUAAGGUCGCUGGACUUCAAGUUCGGAAAGACGAAAAAUGGAUUACUGUCAAACCAGCUGCUCAUGCUAUUAUAGUUAAUGUGGGGGAUCAAGUUCAGGUUCUAAGCAAUGCAAUAUACAAAAGUGUGGAGCAUAGAGUAAUUGUAAACUCAGAUAAAGAACGUGUUUCAUUGGCUUUCUUCUACAAUCCAAAGAGUGAUAUUCCAAUAGAGCCAGCAAAAGCCCUAAUUACGCAAGAUAGACCCGCGCUUUAUCCUCCAAUGACAUUUGACGAAUACCGACUUUUCAUUAGGACGAGAGGUCCUCAAGGUAAAUCCCAAGUAGAUGCACUAAAGUCGCCAAGAUAACCCAUGGAUUCAAAUCAUAUCAGCCUCUGGAAGUUCCUUUGUUUGUUUUCUUUUUCUUUUUAAUUCCAAUAAAUUUUUGUUUACUUGUAAAUUCACUUGAAAAAGAAAGAAGGAAGAAGAAAUAAAUCCAAUUAAUCCCACUAGAUAAAAAUGGGGGACCAUAUAGGGAAAAUAUAAAGUAAAUUAUGUUGUUUA